UCUGAGCUCUCAUUCUUCUAUAAAGGGAGGUGGCCCUCCAGUCUCUCCUGAUCUUUCUCUCACACACUCUUCGACACAUUGAACAGACCUGCUCACCAUACAGGACACGAUGUGGCUUGCUGUGUUUUACAUAUGGGGAAGCCUGUUAGCCUUUUCUGUGUGUCACAUCUGCUCAGAGACCUCUGAGGACGCUGCUUCAUGGGUAACGCUGAAGCCCCUGGGGCACUGCGGGGACGAGGAGAAUUUGUGCCCUUAUCAACUCACCCUUCCUCCUCUCUCCAUCCAGCUUCCCAGGCCUUUUAGGGAGCUGGAGAAAAUGGCCAAGGAGCUGCAGAACCUAAAGGACAUGGUGAACCAGCUAAGGAGGGACUGCCAAGAACGUAAGGACAGACAUAGUAUCGAGAGUGGUGGACAGAAAGAACACAGUGAGGAAAAGGAAAGGAGACAUCAAAGUCCAAGGCAUAACAUCAGCAUCAGCAUCAAGGAGACACAGAGUCAUAGUGGAGAACAAGUAGUCCAGAUCUUAACUUCAAGCUUACCGCAAGGAGACACAUCAGAAAGUGAGGGAACUGUCAAGGAUGGCGUGAAGAGGCUCAAUCAUUCUGUUUUGGAAAGUCAGGAAUGGAACAUUGACCCGAGGAUCGAUCUAAAUGAAGGCACCACAGAUCAGAGGUCCGAGAUGAGCAGAGAAGUAAAAAUAUUUAACCCCUCACUUGACGAGAGACCCGAGGACAUAUCUAAGGUCAAACUUGUGCUCUCACCUACACCUGAGGAGACAGAGAAGGAAAUGAAGUCUAAGCAAAGUGAAUUAAUAGAACCGUCUCUCCCUAGAAAAAAGGACACCAUACAAUCCUCAACCCAUGGGAAACAGCAGCUAAAUAUUCUCAGAGAUGGACAUGUAAAGAACAUCAGUGGCAUCGUGGCAGCAAGAAGAAGAGUGCAGAAUGUGCCUGAUGCGAAUGGAUUAAGCAGCAUUUCAAGGGAUGCUAACACUAGGAUAAUGGAUUUAAGCACAUCAGCUGGGAACAGAAGGGUUGUAAAGUUUCCUAGAGAAGGUGGACCAAUGAGGCCAAAGGGAUCCUACAUAAACAGUAGAGUUGUCAAGGUUAACAAUGAAGACAGACUGAAGAACCCUGCUUUGGUGAGGAUCCACAAUCCACAAGCCAGGGACAUGACGUUCAAGAUUGAGCCAGAAGAGGCUGGAUUUUCCCCAGCAAGGAGUGGCAUUAUGCGGGUCAAGGAAACAAGUCCUCUUAUAGCAAACACAAAAACUGGGGUAAUUACUGGACCGACCCUAUCAACAGAUGACCAAAACAAUCAAGACAUCAGUAGGGUUUCUGGUCCCAGAACAGAUGAUGGACAUGGCCUAAAAGAUGCAAGUCAAGUAACUAAAAUUACCAAUGACAAUUUAAGAAAAGUAAACAAAACUGGGAUUACAAGACUCCCAACAAAUCUGAGGAAAGAAAACCAAGGUGAUGUGAGUCACAUAACCCCAAAUAAGUCAAUCUCUAGUGUUAUGAACCAAGCUGAACAGCCAAACAUGGUUAAAGAGGAAAAGCAGUAUGUGGGACUGAGUGAAAGUCUAGUUGUUAUUAGUAGUGAGGAAGAGACUAGGUCCAAUUUGAAUAUAGAGGACUUGACUUUCCCAGGAAGACAGGUGGAAAAUGAAAAAUAUCUAAAUCCAAUUACAGAAACUAAUAACAGACAAACUGAUUUGAACAUUUUGGAUAAGGCUGACAGCGCUUUCAAUGAAAGGAGAGUUUUGGUGGGAAAGACCAAUCCACAAGCCAGGGACAUGAUGGUCAAGACUGGGCCAGAAGAGGCUGGAUUUUCCCCAGCAAGGAGUGGCAUUAUGCUGGUCAAGGAAACAAGUCCUCAUAUAGCAAACAAAAAACCUGGGCCCAUCAGUGGACCUACCCUGUCAACAGAUGACCAAAACAAACAAGACAUCAGUAGGGUUUCUGGUCCCAGAACAGAUGAUGGACAUGGCUUGAAAGAUGCAAGCCAAGUAACUAAAGUUACAGAGGACAAUUUGAGAAAAGUAAACAAGACUGGGAUUACAAUACUUCCAACAAAUCUGAGGAAAGAAAACCAAGGUGAUGUGAGUCACAUAGCCACAAAUAAGUCAAUCUCUAGUGUUAUGAACCAAGGCAUAGAGCCAAACAUGUUUAAAGAGGAAAAGCAGUAUGUGGGACUGAGUGAAAGUCUGGUAGUUAUUAGUAGCGUGGCAGAGAUUAGCUCCAAUGUGGAUAGAGAAGACUUGACUUUCCUAGGAAGACAGGUGGAAAAUGAAAAAUAUCUAAAUCCAAUCACGAAAACUAAUAACAGAAAAAUUGAUUCCACAAUUUUGGACAAGGCUGACAGCACUUUUAAUGAAAGGACACUGCCUCCAGAUCUUAAAGAUCAGAUGCAGCCAGGGAUGUUCAGUGAAGGGGCAAAUGAGCAUAUCGGGUUUAACUCACUGAGUGCAGGGACUAUGAAGAAGGACAUACCAAUCCACAGUAAAGCCAUCCUUCCAGAAAAAGAUCUGGUGAAGCCCACCCUUGUCCCAACUGUAAAGAGUAAAUCGACUGAGAGUACAACCAGUAGGGUUCAAUCACUUGUAGUAGGCCAGGGGACAAGGAGAAUUUCAAUAACUCCACUCAAAGCUGCAGCUGUAGAGGGACCGUCUCAGAACAGCAAGAAAAACAUCAGCAAGAUACGUGAAGUAAGUCAAGACAACAAAAGGUAUGUGAUGCCAGACCCCGAUAGACACCCCAUUAGACAUCCAACAACUGUGAUUUCAUCUAGAGUCAACAGCCUAAGACAAUCUAAUGUGAUGGGCAACAUGUCAGCAAACAGAAGUGUUGGGGUACAUUCUAAGCUGUCCAUCCCAGUCAGAAACAGCAAUACUGCCAGGAAAAAUGGCUAUGGAAUAAUAAGACCAAGCUAUAUAAGGAAGCCAAACUUUCAAAGUCAGCCAAACAGAACCAGAGGCUUCAAGACAAAGGCAAAUACAGUGACUCCGUUCUCCAGUCCCACUGGUGCAACAGAACAAGUACAAACAGAAGAAAUCAAACACAUUCCACAGGUGAUGAGGUCAAAUGUAUUGGAUAAUAAAUGGUUAAAAAACAACAGUACAGAGUCAAAAUCACAACAGUUUCAAAAUCCAGGUGAUGUACAAGGUUUGGAAAAGGUUCAACAAAGAAAGAACCAAGUUAGAGACAACAGUGAGCCUGUGUUGAUCACAAAUAUUGGGAGUGCAGAGGAUCCUAACACUCUGCAAAGUGGAGCCUCAAAUUCACCGACUGGUGGAAAAGAAAGCAAGAUAUUUAGUUUGGGAACUGACGAUACCAGCAAUCAACACCCAUUUGAGGUGGACAAGAUCAGCAGUGGGAAGAAAGGACCAACUGCACCAACCUUAAAGAAAGAGUUAUCUAAGGAACCAGGAACACUAUUCACCACCUCGACAGUUUCUUUUAUGGACACAGACCAUGAAGACAGCACAAAAAAUAUUCUUAAAAUGACAAAAACACAUGUUGAAAUGGUUAAAAACGUCAGUUGGGAAACACCCAUAAGCUUUGAAAAUACUGGAACAACAAGAGAACUGGAACUUAUUAAAUUUAAUAAAGACAGAGUGGAAGAAAACUCUGGGGAGAUAUUAUCUAACCCAAACAGUGCGGACAUUGCCCAAGGUUACAGUGGAGAGAGGUACACAAUUCCAGUUGUUUUGAAAACGCUUAAUGUUGAAGAAAUUAAAGGCUCAAAGCUUUUCUCACUCGGCCCCGAGGACGCUGCUGAGGGGUUUAAAUCACAUGCAGUACGUGAUGAGGUAACAGAGAGAGAGCAAGUAGAGAACAAGAUCCACAGCAUCUGUGACAGUGAUUGUAACACUACGUCAACCCAGCAGUCUACAACCCUGACCAGGGCCCCAGUGGACUCUGGAAGAGAAAAAGGACCUGCACAAGACUGCGCUGAUUACAUUACGAAAUCCCGAAGGAAUGGUGUAUAUAGAGUAACGCCGCAGCCAAAGAGCAGCAUGUUUCCUGUUUUCUGUGACAUGGAGUCUUCUGGUGGGGGCUGGACUUUGAUACAGCAUCGCUUUGAUGGCAGCACAAGUUUCAAUCGCACCUGGGAUGAGUACAAGAAUGGAUUUGGUAAACUAAUAGGGGAGUUUUGGCUUGGCAAUGACAAGAUUCACUUGUUGACAAAGGCGAAGAACAUGUCAUUGCGAAUAGAAAUCGAAGACUUUGAGGGUAUCAGAGAAUACGCCCAUUAUGACCACUUCUAUGUGACCAAUGAAAGCCAACAAUACCGCCUGUCCAUUAGUGGUUACUCUGGUACAGCUGGUAAUGCCAUGCAGUUUAGUAAGAAGUACAAUCAUGACCAGAAGCUCUUUACCACUCCGGACAGAGACAAUGACCAGUAUCCCUCUGGAAACUGCGGGGCCUAUUACAGCUCAGGCUGGUGGUUUGAUGCAUGCAUGUCUGCAAACCUAAAUGGGAGAUAUUAUCAAUCAAAGUACAAAGGGGUACGUAAUGGGAUAUUUUGGGGUACGUGGCACAACAUUACAAUGGAAUAUUACCCAACCAAUGACAGACAAUCUUUUAAGACAGUUAAAAUGAUGAUUAGACCUAAGAACUAUGCUAUCUAAUACUUACCAACCAAAAUUUAGCUCUCUUUUGAAGUUAAAUAGUAGAAAAGUAUAUUGCUACUCUUGUUUACUGCUUUAUUAAUAGAAAAUAUAAGUGUGGCGUCAGAACUUGAAUAAACAUUGACAAAUGUUUCUGUAUCUAUGUUGUUGUUUUUUGAGCUGUACACAUAUGCAUUAGUAGAAUACAUAGAAUACACAACUGAGCCCUCUUGUGUUGCUUUGAAAAUCCUGUAUUGCAUAAGACAUAUGAAACCAUGCUAUUUAGCCUACGGAUCCAGCAAUUAUCUUGUAUAUUGUAUUUUUUUAACUUACAAACACUAAAAUGUUUGCAAGUCUGGGCCAAUCCCAUGACUACGUUUACAUGGAUAUUUACAGAAUUUCUUGUCAGAUGUCUAUUUUUUUUAAAAAUACAAAUAUCUGGAUUUUACCAGCUGAGUAAAAGCAUCUGUCAUUUUCUAUUAUUUUCAUUGUACACUGUAGGAAUUUUGAAUUUGAAUUAACACUAAGUGUUAUUUUCAAACAUUGUAUGUAUGUAUGUAUAUACACCCCAAAAACAUCCUUUAUCCAGACGACUCAUUCUAAGAGGAAAUUUCAAUUUCAGUUAAAAAGGAGGAUCAUAAUUGAAUUACUUAAAAUUUACUAUGAAUAAAUUACUACAUUUCUACUAGAUUUGCAUAUUUUGCUCCCUGCUGAAUUGUAACACCUUUUCUGCAUGAUCUUGGAAUCAUUUGCAAAUUUAAUAACUGUGCACUUACUGAAUACAGUUGUCAUAAAGAAAAUAAAUAUGCAUCUUUUAAUUACAAGGAUGCUGUUAUUACGUUUUAAUAUUAUUAUUUACACACUCUAUACAAGAGAAAAUUAUUAAUUACAUUUCGUAAACAUGUAUUAUGUAAGUUCUGCAAUGCAAAACAUAAGUGUUUGAUAAAGAAACACAGAUUUAUAAAUAUGCACCAUUAUUGUAGAACAUGUGUCGUUUCCAUUAGCAAACCAUGUUGUCUUACAGUACUGGUUGAAUAAACAGUGUGUAUGCAGCACGUUAACGGUUAUUUUUCAAAUGUUCAUUAUGGUAUGCCAUUAAUGAUCUCAGUGUUUCACUUAAAUGCAAUAAAUAUUCUGAGCAACAUUCGCAAUCAGUCAUUUCUGUCACCUGAGU